CUCCGCGCCGGGGCCGGGCCGAGAAGAUGGUGCUGCGGCAGUUCCUGCACUCGCUCUUCAACACGCCGCGGCUCGUAGAGCGCCUGGCCGAGUCGCGGCCCAUCCGCCGCGCGGCUCAGCUCACGGCCUUGGCGCUGCUGCGAGCCCAGCUCGGGGCCCGGGGGGCGACGCGGAGCCUGCGGGGGCCGGCGGAACGCGCCGCGCGCUUCGGGGCCGCCUUGGCCCGGGAGCUCCGGCGCGGCCUCCGGGAGCGGCCGGCGGCGGGCAAGGAGGGCCCGGGCCGGGGGCGGGGCCCUGAGGCGCGGCGCUAGGGAGCCCCUCCCCCCGGAACGGGCGUCCCGGCAGCCCCUCCCCCGCUCCCCCACAUCACCCGCCCUUCUCCCCCCACAUCACCCGCCCUUCUCCCCCCGCACCCGGCGGCUUUGGACCCGGGCCGCCGCUGGACCCGGGCCGCCGCUGGACCCCGGCCGCCGCUGGACUCGGGCCUCUUCUGGACCCCGGCCGCCGCUGGACUCGGGCCUCUUCUGGACUCGGGCCUCUUCUGGACCCCGGCCGCCGCUGGACUCGGGCCGCCGCUGGACUCGCUUGACCUUCAGCCGCCCUGGACGGAGGCGGCGGGACGCACGCGGCGCUCCCCUUGCUGGGGUCCCGGCCCUUGCCGCGACGUCCUCCCCUUCACCGCGAGGAGAAUUUCCGGAGCCGGACGAGGGGCGGCCGCCCGAGGCCGGGCCUGCGGAAAGCGCCCACUGGCGAGCGGGAGGCGCGGGGCAGAAGCCCGGGCGCACGACCUUGGCCGCCGAAGCCCCGGGACUCCUGAGCGGGCCCUGCCCGCGCCCGCCCGGGGGAGGUGGCACUAGGGCCCUGCGGGGGCUCCCCGCGCGCUCCCGGACUCCGGGCUUGGGAAACUGGGAUUGCGCCCCAAUAAAGCAGACGGCAAAGUGACAGCCCGCAGCGUGGGAGUGCCUGGCCGGGAGGUGACCCGAGCGCCUGCCGCCGCGGGGAUGCGGUGCCCUGCAGAGGCCGCGCUCCCCGGGAAGGUCCUGCUGGGGGGGGGGGGGGGGGGGCUGGCGCAUCUGCAAAGCUGGCCCUUUCCGGCUCGCCUUUCUCGCUUCCCCUCCCUGGGGAGCCGAAGGUGGCCCGUGGCCAGCCCCGCGUCACUGGGGCCCCGGGGAAGGUGGGGUCUCCUUGGUGGUGCUGUAUGGUGUACCAGGGGCUUUCUCGGCCAGCGUCACUACUGGGCCUCACGCCAAAUCACUCCCGGGGUUUGUUUCCUGAGAGCAGGAACAGGCCACCAGAAGUGGUCCCUUCCACCUCUCCGGGCUCGCAAGCCCCUCCUUGGUUGUUUCUGACACUCCCGCCCCCCUUGCCCUUGCCGCCAGCCCGUUGCUAAGCCCCUCUGACCUCUGAAAUGUCUCUGGGCCAGACCUUCCACAUCAGGGCAGCCUCUGAGCUGUUGCCAUCGCAGCCCGUCCUCCAGAUUUUGGGUGAGAAGGGAAAUGGAAGGAAGGGAAAGUCCUUCCCCUGCUGUGUUCCUCCCGUGACCCUGCUCCUGCCCCUACCUCCCCCCCGCCAGCCAAGACUGAACCUGGCAUGUGGCGCUUCCCUCCUGGAAAGCCCGGAGUUCGUCAGCCCCGUGUGAUGGUGACUUUGGGGCCCUCGGUUUGGACCAGAUGGUUUGUAAUCUGAGUCUGAGGGCUCUGAGUGGGUGAGACUCGGGGCACUAGUGGCCACCGAGCUUUGCCUGCAGGAACUGGGAGGCAGCUCUUCCAGCUUUGUAGAUGGUCCCCCAGAACCUCGAUUACCCCAAGCACGCAGAUGCGCAGCAUGCAUGGGCACGUACACGAACCAUUUCCCAGUCCUGGGCUGUCCCAUUGUCCCACACAUCUCUCUGGUGGCCCGUUGCCCCUGCUCCUUGUGGGGGACUGCUUGGCCAUGCAAGACCCUUCCCAGGACCCAAGGAUGGUGGUGCGUGAGUGUCCCAGGCUCUCUGAAGGACCUGGAUUGCUCACCUGGGCAGCACAGGGAAGGCGGGGAGGGCUGGAGCCAGGAGCAAGCUCAUUUGUCUUCCGAGCUUUCCAGGUCAGCUCCUGCCCCGGUGGGGGGGCAACUGAGACAAAAUUCUCAUUUCUGAAUUAUAAAAGGACCAAGAUGAGCUGCUCAUCUCCAGCCUCACUAGGGUCACCUAAGGGCACACUCCCCAGGAGGCAGAACAGUGGUGGAGAGGAGACCUCACUACCGGGGAUUAUUUAGCUCAGGGGAGCCUCAGUUUACACUUGUGUAAGAUGAAGGGUUGGAACUCUUCCAGCUCUACCCUCUGAUUGAAACCUUGGUCAGUCUUGGGGUGGGGGUGGGAGGGCUCUUGCUUGAGUGAGAAGUGUGAGAAAUCCUAAAGAGCACCCAGGGGUGGGGGUGGCAUUCCCUGCCCCACCCCUCCUGCUCAUUUCUGGGUCCUCUCUGGAACAAGGGAUCCCAACUCGGCAGCCAUCUCAGGCCAGCUCCCACAUCCCCUGCUGGCUGAGGCAGCCUUGAUUUUCACUUGGUUCGGUGAAACUUGCCCAUCGUGUCAAGUGGAGCGGUGUGUGGACAUUGCCUCCUGUCUGGGGUCCCCAGACAACCACGUUCUGGCAAACCUGGAGGUGAACUCAGUGGCUCCCCACUUCCCUAAAAUGUGGCACCUUUAACCUGCUCCCUCCUUUCCCUUUCUCUACUUCAGUUCAAUGCUUAGUCUUUUCCCCCAAGGAAUAUGGUACCAGCAUGGAUCCAUUCAGACCAAUCGUGGCCCCUUUACACAAGGCAAAUAGCUCGUCUCUUGCUAUCAUAUGGGAAGUCCCCAUAUGGGGGUAAUCCUUGCCUUGAAGGACCAGUUGCCCAGUCUGUCACGUAGCUACCAAACAUCUUCCCGAGACCCUUUCCUGCAGCCUCACGUACAAACUCGUGGCUUAGGGAGUUUGGAAACUUCCUCCUGCUCUCCUGCCUGCUUUGCCCAUUCUAGGCAGUGUGGACGGACGCCAGCCUGCAUCCUUUAACUUGAUGAGCCUUCUCUGAAUGUGUGCACAGGGUCAUACUCUCCCCUGCCCCGUGUCCAACACUCCCUCCCUCCUCAUCUUCUCUUCCCAGAUCCUUCUCUGUUUUCUAGGACCACGUCUGGUGCCACUUCCUUGCUCUGCCCCUCCUCCUUAGCAAAAGUGUCCCUUCCUUCAGUUAUUCCACAGUCAGUGACAUGAGACUUCAUUAUAAUCCAAACAAAGUUAAUUCACAUUUAAUGAACAUAGAACAUGAGCUUCCUCCCAGUCUAACUAGGGGAGAGAAGCAUUCUACUGGGAAGUCUGGUGAGGAAUAUAAUACAGAGAACAAACCCAAAGUGCUUUGAAUGACUCCUGUAUGUAACAUGUAUGACAUAAACACCCAUGUACAACCACGUUCACGAAGGAAGAAUUCUCCCAGAUACGCACAGCACCAGGGAGUUGGGCUUCCCCCCUCUGUCUGGCCCCUAGCUCAGGCCAACUCAUGCUCACACAGAUGACCUUGCGAAACCACGGACUUUGGCUGAGAGAGAAGUCCAGAUGUUAUCUAGGAAUAAACGAGGAUGGGCCUGGCAGGUGCAAGGGUUCCACUCAGCCCCCAUACAGGGAAGGAAGCGGGAGGGGACUUGUGAAAUCAUGACUCCCUCUACACUAUCCAUGCUCUGGUUGGAUCUGGGAAAAUUUGGGGCACCCCACUUAGACAUCCUGAGGAGGGGGAGCAGUCUAGAACCCAUGUCAAGGAAGGUUUGAAAGAACUAGGCUUUUCUGCUCUGAAGAACGGAAGGCAUCUUGGCAUCAUAAGAUAAUUGGAGGGCCUCUUGUGGAGAAGGGAGAGCCCUUGUGCUGCUUAGCCCCAGGAGAUUAAACUAGGGUGGGAGUUAAGGUCACCCUAAGGAAUGCCUUCCCGGCUCCAACAGUCGUCCAACAGGAAAAUGGGCUUCCAGGUGAAGUAGUGAGAUCCCCAUCAUGGAGGUGGUCAAGGUUGGAUAACCCUUUAUUAAAGAUAUUGUAAAGGGGAUGGUGAAUGCUGUAGUGCUUAGAUGGCACCUUGGGUCUAUGACUUGAGUUUAUUGGUUAUAAUUCACCGUCAGUGGCAGGAAACGAGGCUUCACAGGGCAGUCCAUCCCAUCUUGGCACAUAGAAGCAGGAAGAUGGCUGAAUGGGAUGGCAAGAGGAAUGACAGGUAGAUGGACAUACCUUUUAUUAAGCACUUACUAUGUACCAGGGACUACCUGCUAAUUAAGAAAAAAGUUUUACUGGGCAAUUCAUUUGAGUCCUUUGAGUAUUUGCUUCCUCACUUGCAAAAUAAGAACUGGACUGAGGCCCCUCCUUUGCCUCUUCCAUCCAGGGAUGCUUCUGAGCCAAAAUCUUCCUACUGGCCUACUCCCUUCCCCAAGAAAGCCCUUCAAA